GGGAGAUGCUCCAAGGCUGGUUGCUCGUGUUUGGGUCCCAGGUCGGCGCCGGAUUUCGGUUAAAAUCGCUCCGAGGCGCGUCCCACCCAGACCAUCCUACCUUCAGUCUAUUCACCGUUGCUAAAGCUCCCCACUCGGUGUCGCGUUGGUUCCUCACCAGUUUUACCUUAUUGGUACUCUUGAGAGUGUAAACCCAGUGGAAGACAUCAGGAAACUGAGUUACUAGCAAUGCCUCCUCUGAAACCAGUGACUUUUGAAGAUAUAGCUAUAAAUUUUACACAGGAAGAGUGGGCCCUACUGGACACAUCAGGGAGAACCCUGUACAAAGACGUAAUGCUAGAAAAUAUCAAUCAUCUGAUCUCCGUAGGAUAUCAGCUUCAAAAAUCAGAUGUGAUUUUCCAUUUGAAGCAAGGAGAAAUGCUGUGGAUGGUGGAAGGAAUAGAAUUUCCCCAAGGCCAGAGUCCAGGCAGAAAAAGUGCACAUAAAGAACAAGAAAUGAUAACUACACAGCAUAUCACCAUGAAGGACACAGCCACUAUCAAGUCAGUUAAAUCUUAUACUCAAGAUCUAUUUAAAUGGAAAGAUUCAAAAUAUUUUAAUCACAGCACUGUAUUGACUCAGCAUUUUCUAACACAUUCAGUAAAAAAAACCUUUGUCAGCAAACAGUAUGGAAAACUCCUUAGUGACUGCUCACACCGUAAUCACUCAAGAGGUAAACUAUAUGAAUGUUAUCUCUGUAGGAAAGCCUUUAGUAAUUGCUCAAACCUUAGACAACAUGAGAUGAUUCAUACUGGAGAGCGGCCAUAUGAAUGUCAUCUGUGUGGAAAGGCCUUUAUUCAAAACUCUGACCUUAAAAAACAUAAUCGAACUCACACUGGAGAGAAACCAUAUGAAUGUCAUUUUUGUGAGAAAACCUUCAGUCAAUCUUCUAACCUUAGACAGCAUGAGAGAAUUCACACUGGAGAGAAACCAUAUGAAUGCCAUUUGUGUGGGAAAGCCUUCAGUCAGUCAUCUAACCUUAGACAGCAUAAGAGUAUUCACACUGGAGAGAAACCAUAUGAAUGCCAUUUGUGUGGGAAAGCCUUCAUCAAAUCUUCUGCCCUUAGACGACAUGAAAGAACUCACUAGAGAGAAUGAUGAAUGUCUUCAGCAUAUAUUCUACCUGAAUGACAGUAUUAUGAAUGAAACUAAUGUGAGACAACUAUCAUACCUGUGUAAUAUAAAUACA